AUGGAGCCAGUCACUCAACAAGGGGACAUCCUCCUAGGGGGAGUCUUUGUUGUCCACUCUGGCUUUGGCUUCCAACAACCGACCUUCCAGGAGCUGCCAAAGCCAGUUCUAUGCACUGGUUUCCACAUCCGUUAUUACCGGGAUGUCCUAGGCUUCAUCUUUGCGAUUGAUGAAGUUAACAAGUCUCCGGACCUGCUGCCUAAUGUCUCCCUGGGCUUCAAUCUCUUGGACUCAUGCAUGUCAGAAGUCAGGGCUGUCGGUGGAGCUCUGUCCCUGCUGUCAGGGGUCAGAAACCCCUUUCCAGGAUUUGACUGUCACAUUCCCUCUUUCAUGGUUGGGAUAGUAGGAGAUCUAGUGUCUGCUUUAUCGCUUCCGAUUGCACGGAUCCUCGGUGUCCUCCAUUACCCACAGAUCAGCCAUGGAGCAACACUCUCAGCUCUCAGCAAUAAAAUCAAUUUCCCGUCAUUUCUGCGCACUGUGCCCAGCAACGAGUUUCAGAACGUAGCUCUCACCCAGCUUAUUGGUCGCUUUGGUUGGACAUGGGUGGGUAUGCUGAUUGUGGACAAUGAUGUUGGACAGCAGGGCGGGCAGGCCAUCCAGGCCGGCAUAGAGAGAAGUGGAGGCUGUGUAGCAUUUCUGGAGAAGAUCCACCUGAGUUAUUCUGCAAAGCAGGUAAAGAGAGUGGUAGACGCCAUAAAGGAAAGUUCGGUCAGUGUUGUCGUACUCCACAGCCCUGAGGUCCAUGUGAAGGCUCUGUUUGAUGUCAUGUUUGAUGAAGGUGUGACUGGGAAAAUUAUCAUAUCUUCAGCAUCCUUUGGAAUGACACCUGGACUUUUCUCCAAAAAAGCCUGGAACGUUUUGAACGGGACAGUUGGGCUGAUUCCUAAUACAGGCAUUAUGCCAGGCUUCAGUGACUUCCUCCAGAACGUCCACCCAACCAGCAACUCUACAUAUCCAUUCAUCAGGCUUUUCUGGGAGAAGGCCUUCAACUGCAGGUGGCCUGGAGGAGAUAUUGGCCCUGGUAGCUCAAUCGCCCCUGAUAUAAAGGAUAAAGUAUUCUGCACAGGGACAGAGGAGUUUGGGGAGACAACUUCAUUGUUAUUUGAGACAAAUGACCUCAGUUAUACAUAUCACGCCUACCUGGCAGUGUACGCCUACGCCCACGCUCUACACUCACUUCUGGGAUGUCGUACGGAAGACAACAGGGACUCUGAGCCAAGAGCCUGCGGAAGCAUUAGUGAUGCACGGCCCUGGAAGGUGCUUCAGUAUCUGAAGAAAACCAGUUUCCAUACAAAGUCGGCGGAAGCUGUGAGGUUUAAUUCCGACGGCGACCUCCCUGCGUUCUAUGAUGUCAUCAACAUUCAGAUCCUCAAUAAUAGUUUCAAUCUGGUGAAAGUUGGGAGAUUUGACCCAGAGGUCAGGUGGGGCGACAAAGUCACCCUGAACACCAGCGCUAUUCUGUGGAACGGCUGCUUUUCAUGCGUGCCAGUCUCCGUCUGCAGUGCCAGCUGCCGCCCCGGGCACAGACGAGCCCCUCGGCCAGGGAAGCCCAUCUGCUGCUAUGACUGCGUACCUUGCUCUGUUGGUGAGGUGGCCAAUGGCACAGAUGCAGACUUGUGCCUUAGAUGCCCCUCUGACCAGUGGUCCAAUGAGGAAAGAGACAGGUGCGUCCCAAGGGUGACCGAGUUCCUUUCAUAUGAAGAACCUCUGGGAAUCAUGUUGGUCCUGAUGGUCCUUAUCUUCUCCUCGCUCACUCUCUGCAUCUUACUGCUGUUCAUUAAGCACCAGGAGACACCCGUCAUCAAAGCCACCAACCGGGAGCUGAGCUACAUCCUGCUGGCGUCUCUCAUCCUCUGCUUCCUCUGCUGCCUGGUCUUCAUCGGCCGACCUUCCACCGCCAGGUGCCUCCUGCAGCAAACGCUCUUCAGUGUGGUCUUCUCCAUCAGCAUCUCCGCAGUCCUGGCUAAGACUGUCAUGGUGAUACUGGCAUUUACAGCCACCAGACUAAACAGCCCCUUGAGGAAAUGGUUGGGUCCAACCAUCCCACGUAGCAUUGUAGGACUGUGCUCAAUGCUUCAGGUCGGGAUCUGUUCUGUUUGGCUCCACAAAGCACCCCCUUUCCCAGCACUCAACACGGAGUCUGAGAACCAUAAGAUAAUCAUUGAGUGUAACCAAGGACAAAAACUGUUUUUCUACAUGACGUUGGGGUUCAUGGGCUUUCUGGCCCUGGUAAGUUUCAUGGCAGCCUACCUGGCUAGGAACCUGCCGGGCAGCUUCAACGAGGCCAAGCUGAUCACCUUCAGCAUGCUGGUCUUCUGCAGCGUCUGGCUCUCUUUUAUCCUGGCCCACCUGAGCACCAGCGGCAAAUACACCGUGGCCGCACAGAUAUUCGCCAUCCUGGCCUCUAGCGCCGGACUCCUGACCUGUAUAUUCCUUCCCAAAUGCUACAUUAUCCUGCUGAGGCCGGAGAAGAACAGCCGAGAGAUCCUAGCGGGGGGCAGCAAAAAGAACAGAAAUGGUGGCUGA